AUGCUGCCAGUUACCAGCAACCGGGAGCCCCGCGCUCCCUUCAAGCAGCGGAAAUGCUUCGCUACCAGGAAACGCGAAGUGGCCGCGGUCCGCUCCAAGUUCCCCAGCAAACUCCCGGUGAUCCUGGAGCGGUACCCCAAGGAGAAGGUGCUGCCAGCAUUGGAUAGAACCAAGUUCCUGGUCCCUCAGGAGCUGACCAUGGGGCAGUUUGUGACCAUUAUCCGGAACAAGAUGGCCCUCAGCUCCACACAGUCUUUCUACUUGCUGGUGGAUGGUAGCCGGAGCCUGGUCAGCAUGUCACUCACCAUGGCUGAGGUGUACACACUAAACCGAGAUGAGGACGGGUUCCUCUACAUGACCUACGCCUCCCAGGAGAUGUUUGGCUAAGGCCACUGGUUGCCUCGGACUCCUGCUCUUCUGAGAGGAGCCAUUCUUGCCCAUUCUAAUGUUGCUGCUUGGUAAAUGGUGUCAUCCCACCCCCUCCGGUUAGAGUAGGAAUGAUAUUCCUACCUGGCCAGUGGGGCAUCUACCCUGGUGUGCUGAGAUGCCAAGGAACCUGCCCAUUUCCUCCCUUCCCCAAGUGGGUGCCUGGAUAGACUUGCUCCAAAGGGAAAGAUCUGACUCCAGAGUGAGGGCCCCUUUAGCUCAGAGCAAGCGCUUUUACCCUGUCAUGCGGUGCCCAUGGGAUGGUCCUUUCUGUGUUGUGGGGAUAGUCACACCUGCCAGCCUCUUGCACUGGUGCCAGUGUGAUUUUCCCCCCCCACCACCACCACCGUGAGACCAAUAGGACCCCCAUUGCUUAAGGGCUGGUGUUGUAGGACACUGCUCGGUGCUGGCUCUGAGUUCCUGCUGCACCAUCUGGGGCUGGUAAAGCCCAGCCUGUUCCCUCUGACCUUGGGAUAGAACUCACAUGGUGGUAGCUUUUGGAAUAAGAGGAAGUAAACUUGUCUUCCAGCAACUUUCCUAGCCCCAAUGCUGACCACCAGAGACCCUUGUCCUCCCUGAACAGGGGUGAACCUCCUCGAGGGCAGCCCUAGCUGUGGGGUAGACUGGUUCUCUUGUAAGGGAGGUUGAGUGGUGCAGGAAGGAAGGUAAUCCUGCACAUGGAAUAACCACGGUCUGUCCUUUAGACUGCACGUGUUCCCUUUAGAAGCAUACCCUGUAACCACUAGUUAACUUUAAACA